AUGCUUGCUUUAGUUGGACAUGUAAUUGCUCACAAGGAUCAUAUUGAUGCAAUCUUUAAUGGCUUACCUCCUGAAUACGAUAUUUUAGAAAUCAGUGUGAACUCUGGAUUUGGUGAACAUUCAGUUGAGGAAAUUGAGUCUCUAAUUUUGGCUCAAGAAGUUCGAAUUGAAAGGGCUGUUAAGAUAAGUGAUGGCUCUAACUUAGCUAGUAAUCUCACUUCUGCCAAUCUUGCCAUGGCUGGUGGUACAUCCCAUUCUCACUCGAGAUUUUGGGGUUCUGGUUUUGAGGGUUUCAACUCCAGUUACUCUCCUCAUACUUCUUCUUCUCAUGGAAGUUAUAAUGGAAGUUUCUCUCCAUUUUCUGACCACUCCUUUGGUGGAUUUUCUUCUAGACAAAAUUCAUUCUCUGGAAAUUCUAACAGCAGCAGCAGGGGAAAGUUUAGUGGUCGUGGCCGUGGAAAUGUUUGGAACAAGAACAAGGUCCAAUGCCCUUCUCAGUUCAACCAUCAACUUCAGGGUAAUCUUGCUCAAUGUCAAAGUACCUCGAUUGAUUCAGCUCAGAUGGGAGCUAUGCUUGCUGCUCCUGAAGCUAUAACCGACUCAGCAUGGUAUCUAGAUGUAUCCUUUAACAUGGAGUGGUAUCCUGAUUCUGGUGCUACAAACCACUUGACAGCAGAUCCUUCCAAUCUCAUGUCAAGUUUAGAAUUUUAUGGACCUGAUUAG